AGCUAUGCAAUGAAAGGUUACAUGUGAUGUAGCACCUAAAAGCACUAUCACUGACUUGCACAUCCUACUUGUCGUGUUACCAUAGCAACACACGUGUAGGGCGCGCGACAGCACGUGCAGUAUCCUCGCUACACACGUGCGUGUAUGUACAAAUGGGGAAUGGAAGAAGAAGAAAGCCCUGACGCAGAAUUUAUCCGAGACCUACAAGAUUUCUUCUUGCCCUACUCCACCGCAGAUGCAGACCAAGAGGUCGUGUUGGACCUCACACUACAGUAUUUUACUCUACUCAGGAUUUGUUAUAAAAUUACACAGCAAAGUUCGGGAGUUUACGAUGAGUUUACGGACCAUGUUAUGAACCUGCUAUACUACAUAGAAGGCUACAAAUCAUGUAUGAACGACACUCUUGACUACUUAGAGAACACGCUGGAGAUGGAGGAAACGUCGGAAGCAGUGUGCAACAUGAAGAACCACAUAAUAAACCACAUAGCAGAGCUCCUACACCAGCACCUGGGCAACUGUCCCCAGGUGGUGUUGUUGGAACUGUGUGACCCCUACCUACCCGAGAUGUUCAGACUCGCUAACAACCCCCAACUACUUGAAACAACGUGAACUCACGUUUAGUCACGUGGUACACACCACGUGACGUCAUAAAUCAGAUCAGAAUCUAGUUUUAGCAAUGGGGAAGAUACGAAGUGAGGGGAAGAUGAUACGAAGAACGGCAAAGUACGAUGAGAUUUGCGUUGAGAUUUGCGAAGAUUCGUGGCUGGUCCACCAGAGUUGACGGUUUGAGAAUGGGAUGGGUUUCAGUUUACGGUGGUGAUGAGUGAGAGAGAGAGAGAGAGAGAGAGAGAGAGAGAGAGAGAGAGAGGUAGAGAGAGAGAGAGAGAGAGAGAGAGAGAGAGAGAGAGAGAGAGGGAGAGAGAG